UUACCCCUCCCCAAGACAAGUGCACCUCUAGUAUCCACAACGAUGGACAGCAACAACAGCAGCAGCAGCAAGAAGCAGUCUCAGUCCUCUCAUCAUGGCAAGUCCUCGUCUGCUGAAUCGCAAAGGAAGUCCAGUGAGUUACAUACCAACAGCAACAAGCAGAGACACAGCCGUCGAAGGAAUCAGGUUCCCACACCGCGCAACGAUCAGCAACAACAGCCACAGCAGCCAGCGAAGCUACGUCCCAAUGUGGACAAGCGUCCGAAGGCUCGCGGGUUUGGAGGGGGUUACGAUUUCCCUUCACCCCGUGGCCAGGACGGGGCUUCAGGCAGCUCCCGACUAGCCUACUCCGCCACCGGCUACUCACGUAGCGGUGACUUUGACCAUGAACUGAACUCUGUGUAUACACAGGGCAGCAAGAAGCAGAAUCUGAACCAUCUGCUCAACUUCCACUGCGUGCCCAGGGAACUGGAGCGAGGACAUCACCAUCAGGCCCAGCAACACCACGGCUUGAGUGGCCGAAAGCAGCGCUACAACAAGGAGCAGUUCCUGCAGGCCAACUUUCAGUUCGUCAUUAGAUCGGGGGCAAAGGCUCAGGUUAAUGGCUCGCCGGAUGCACUCAUCGAUUGGAGCUACAUCGAGCAGAUCAACAUACAGACCACUGAGGAGUUGCAGUGCCCCAUCUGCCUGUACCCGCCUGUGGCUGCCAAGCUCACCAGAUGCGGACACGCCUACUGUUGGCCUUGCUUGCUGCACUAUCUUUCGCUGAGCGACAAAACCUGGCGCAAGUGCCCGAUCUGCUAUGACGCCAUCCACGCGGGAGAUCUGAAGAGCUGCACCAUCGAACAGCUGAGGGACUUGCAAGUGGGCGAGAAGAUUACCUUCCAGUUGAUGCGGCGCCGCAAGGGCUCAAUGUACAUUGAAAAGCAUGUUGCAGGAUUGGGCGAAACAAUUGAACGUUUCCCCUUUGUGUCCGCUGGUGAAGAGGCUAAACACUACUCGAAGUUUCUAAUAGCGAAGCGGAUGGAUGUGGCCGCCAUCAUCGAGAGGGAGCGUUGCGAACUGCUAGCCGAAUCGGAUACCUCCUGCCCCGAAGAUGUGUUUAUCCAGCAAGCGCUGGUGAUGCUUCAGGAGCGUGGCGAGAAGUUGGGACUCGAGAAACCAGAUCCCAGAGAGGAUGAAGACGAGACGGCACCUGUACUUUGCCUAGAAACCGAGACCAAGAUUGAUAUUGAGAAGUCAGACGAUGCCUCCAUCUCGUCGGGAGAGGCAUCUAGCAGCCUUAGCUACUCGAGCAACCAUAAUAAAUACUAUUAUUUCUACCAGUCAAACGACGGACAGAAUAUUUACUUGCAUCCCUUGAACGUGAAGAUGCUUCAGGCUUGCUACGGCACCUUGGACUUGGGUCCGCUACUCAUCGAAGCCCAAAUCGUGCAGAUGGAACAGCACUCCAUGGAUGAGGAGCAUCGACGCAAGUUCACUUGUCUUGGGCACUUGCCUUUGACUUGUCAGUUUUCGGUUGUGGAAGUCGAACUGCAGCCGCCAGUGGUCUCUGGAGGAAUACUCAAGCUCUUUAAGGAGGACAUUCUUCAUCGUAAGAAGGAGCGACAGCGUCGGGAUCGCGAGGAGCGCAAACGAGAGCAGCACAUCAACGAGAUAAAUGACCGCCAGAUGGGCAAACUUAUUGCCAGUGCAGCUAACCUUGACCUAAGCUCCUCCCAUGAGUUUCCCACUUGCGGUUUCGAGGAGGCUUUGCCCGCUCCCAGUGGUUCUGUGCCCGUGAACAUCAGCAACCAGGACCACGGUUCCCGCUACUCCAGCGUCACUUUGGGCAGUCCCAAGCAGGAGUUGUGGCCCACCAUUGGAAGUAAUUCUCCUGGAGGAGCUGGCCCAUCAUUGGAUAUUCAGGUGGGCGCUUGGGGCCGUUCAGCUCCACCGCCGCCACGGGCUGUCAUGGUCACAAGAACCAGUGAUGAGGACCUUGAGCAGCGAUCUGUGGGCCACUGGGGUCUGGGAGAACUUUUAGUUGGAGCCUUGGACCAGAAAAAGCAAAAGGUAGGAGCAGCUAAAUCGAAUGGAGCAGCUCCUGCGGAAUCCAAGAAGCAAAAGAAGGCCAAGGGAAAGAAGAUGGUUCCCCUGUUCGCCACGGGCAUGAACAGAGCUCCAUGAAGAGCUAGAUGAUGAUCGCUUAUGAAGUUACAAGAUUUAUUGUAUUUUUGUUUUUAUGCGAAUAUUUCAACGUUAUUUUAAAUAACAAAUACGAUUGUUCUUUCAUUGAAGAGGAUUUGGAAAAUCAUUCAGCUAAUCUAUAAUUUAACCAAACAUAUAUUCACAAUACACAUAAGAUAACCAAUAAAAGCAGCAACUACAAUAUGAAA